CCAGGCAAAGCCCACGAAGAUCCCUCAAGAAGACGAUGACGACCUGAAAUCCUCAGAGACCCCGAGCUCGGUUGCAGAAUGGACAUGGCGACCAAAUUUCUACGAACUUUAACGAAUGCCUCCAAUAACAAAACCUUAAUUAACGUUUGCCUCGUCGUUUCGUUUGGGGCACUGAGCGCCAGGUCGAUCAAGCAGCAGAGGGAAAUUGAAGCUCUGGAGGCCGAGAAAGAUUCCCUCCUCAAUUCCAAUAAAGCACUGAAGAAAUCCAUGUGGGAUUGGAAGCAACAGUUGUUCGCUGAAGCUUCCUCCGAGUCCGCUUUGGUCCCUCUAGCCAGGAUCAAAGCUAUCUAUGGCGAAGUUCCGAUAUCAUCCCCUACUGGAGCAGGACAUGCGGCAACAGAAGAUGAAAAUUCACAAGGCUCCAAAUUUGUGGUUUGAUGUUUGGUUACUUACUCUCAGUUUCUGUAGUUUUGUUUGCUUUGAUCAGGAAAUGGCUGAUGAAAUCAAAAACUCUAUUGAAAAUACAUGUUGCUCCAGGCCCAGAAAAGUAGUGAAGAGUACCAGGAAUUAGAUUUUCUUUUUCAUUUUCCAUUUUCCCAUACAAUUUAAUACUCCAAUUCUUAUUCUUCUUCUAUUAGUACAACAAAUUAAGAGGGUGGAAGGGUGCAGUAUGAACCUCCGACCCCAA